AUGACACUCUCAUUUCCCGUGUUCAUUUCUCCUGCACCAUACCAUUUACUUUCAUACGCAUGCCUCGUGGGAAUGACCCUUUGGCAUUCGUUUAUUAGCAGCCUCAUCGCUCGCAAAACUUUACCUCGACCACAACUUGGUCAACUGCAAAGUCGGUUGUUUCCAAUUUAUUUCUUUCUACAAACCUUUCUCAGCGGGUUGUGCCUCUUAACAACGAAAAAUCCGUAUGGUCAGAUUAUAUUUCUUAUGGGUGUUGUCGGAGGACUUGUUAAUUGGAUUGUUUUCGGUCCAUGGACAGUCAAAUUGAUGAAUAAACGCUUUGAAUUGGAGCGCGAAGAAGGUAAGAAAUACAAUGAAGACGGUGUUAGCGAUCAAAUGAAAGAAUUAAACAAACAAUUUGGCAUCGCACAUGGAAGUAGCGUUAUCAUCAAUAUGAUCAUUGCUGUUUCACUCGUUGUCUACCCAUUUCUUGUAUCUCCAGUUAUUGUCUAA